AUGGCGUUGCACGCUAAGCUUCUUUUUAAGGAGCAACACCACAGGAGGCUGCAAAUGCCUUUUGAUGGUAGGAAUUUCGUCUUCGCCAUAAUUGCUACCUCCAUUCUCGCCGCCAAGACAUUCCGCAUCUAUUCGCAUUCGAGUGCCAUCUCGACUUUCGAGACCAUCAUCUGGAGCGCUUCAUUUUAUGCGCAAGACUUGCUGUUUCUUCUAUCCCUCCGCUUCCUAUUUUCCAAGAUCAACCCCUCCUCACAGCGCCUUCGUUAUGGCGUUACCGCAGUUGCCUUCCUCGCCGCAUCGGCCCUCCUGCUGAUGGCCGCUGCUACAAUUUCCGUCUUCCUGGUUACCGGCUCGGAGAUCCACUGGCAGCACAUCGGCGUUCUCAAUGACUCUUCCGGCUCUAAAAUGAUGUUUUCAGCAGGAUUUAAAACCUUCGCAGUGGUAUUGGUCAGCCUGCUCCUGCCGAGCUGGUUUGCACGCAGGAUCUAUUUCGACGUAGCAGGAGCGGCCGUCGAUGUGGUCACCGAGCUCUUUAAUCUCGUGCUCGAACUCGCAAAGCAUCGCUCUUGUAACAGGUACGAGAAGAUCAUCUCGUUGGAAGACGGAGAUGAGUUCAUCGACCGAGACGGAUCAAAUUUCAGCGGAACCACAAUUUUCCGCAUUGCAAUCGGGCUCGUACUGCUACUACAGAUGGCCUUGGCUUUUGUCCACUCCGACGACCAGAGGCUGAGCUCGCUGAGCUGGACGCUACCGUUGACGCCGUUCACGGAACCCUCACACUCGUCGGCGCAGUUGAACGAUCUCCCAGGGUCCCAUGCCAACAGCUUCGAAAGCUUGGCGAGCGAUGGAGGGUUCCUCAACUCUACUGCCCUGACCGACCCAGUACAGCUCUCCUGGCUGCCCAAGGAAGUCCAGGUUCCGGGCUUUGAGGACUGGUACACCGAGGGCGGUCAGCACUACAAUUCAAGCGCCGAUCCACUCAAAGUCUCCAACUUGGAUAACGAACUGUACCCUGCACUACAGAAGCAGAUUGCAGACAUCAAGAUCCGACAUGUGGUCCUUCUCGUUCUUGAGAGCACGAGGAGCGACGUCUUCCCUAUCCUGAAUGCCACUAGCAUCCGGAACCGCUUGGCGGAAGCACACUCUGACAAAAAAUUGACGACCGAGGAGGUUGAGAAGUUGGCAAACCUGACAAACACUGCAAGAUUCCUUGCGGGCAUCCCAACUAAUACUACCCAACAACCCCGAACGACCGGCGGCAGUAUUCGAGCCCACAACGCCUUCACGACUGCAUCAUAUACGCUGAAGAGUCUGGUCGGGACUCUUUGUGGCAUUGCUCCAAUGACUGUCGAUUUUGACUCGGAGGUGUCACAUCAUGUCUACCAGCCGUGUCUGGCGCAGAUCUUUGAGGCCUUCAACCUGCUCGAUCACGGCAAUCGUACCGACGGCACGGAUUUCACAUCCUUCAACUGGAAGUCCUUGUUUAUGCAGUCUGUCACCGGGGAGUACGACAAGCAGAGCGCCCUCAUGCCCAAGACCGGAUAUACCAACGAGACGUUCAUCACAAAGGAGUACCUCAAGAGCCCCGACGCCAAGUUCGGUCCCGAGGAUGCUCCCGACAUCAAUUACUACGGCAUGCCGGAGGUGGUCCUGGAGGAAUACGUGCGGGACGCGUUCUCCACGGCAAACAAGAACGACGAGCGACUGUUCCUGACGCAUCUCACAAGCACGAGUCACCACCCGUUCAAGACACCCGCCGCCGCCGCAGCCGAUGCUGCCAAGGCCAGCAGUAGCAAGAGAAGCCUCGACGACCUUUCGGCAUACCUGGAUGCGAUAGGGUACGUGGACCGAUGGAUCAGCAAGAUAAUGGACAUCAUGGACGAGCAAGGCGUCACCGACGAGACCCUGCUCGUUCUCGUCGGCGACCACGGGAUAUCCCUGCCGGAGGACGACGCCAUCACGCCCUACGAGAACCCAAAUGUGGGCAACUUCCGCGUGCCGCUGCUGUUCCACCACCCGAAACUCCCGCAUAUCGACAUAACCGACGCCGUCAUCUCGUCCCAGAUCCUCCCCACGGUGCUGGAUCUCCUCCUGGAAACCAAGUCGCUGUCCGAGCCCGAGGGCCGCGCAGCACAGGACCUGGUGCGGAACUACGAGGGCCAGUCGCUGCUGAGACCGAUGAACAAGGUUUCACAGAGCGGACAGGGCGACUGGCAGUUCACCGUGUCGAACCCCGGCGGCACCAUGGUGUCGGUCCGGGACGCUCGUCAGCCCCGCUGGCGGUUGGUUGUGCCGAUCGCGGCGGACGCCGCCUGGCGGUUCACAGACCUGGACAUGGAUCCCUACGAGAAGAAGCCCCUGGAGGCGCACAGCUACAAGAAGCUGCUGACGGGCGUGAAAGUCAUGCACGGGGCCGAGAGGGCCGAGUGGGUCGAGGAGGCCGCGUUGGUGACGAGGUGGUGGGUUGAAGAAAACCGGCGGCGGUGGCAAUAUGAUCCGUAA